UUCACACCCCCUGGACUUACUUCCAAAAAAGCAUUUCCUCCUGCUGCGGUCGGGUGUAAAAGCCUGUGUGGGGAGGGCUGGUGCUCACUUACCACGCGUCGCGCGCUGCGGGUGGCGGCAGCGGCGGCGAUGGGGUGCUGGGGCACCCUGCCUGGGCGCUGAGCUGCCCUGACACCCCACUGCGUCCCCUGCCCCAGUCCUCUCGCCGCCCCGGCAUGACCCAGCUGCAUCGGCCGCAAGGAUGAAGCGCUGCUGUCCGGGGGCAGCUUGGGUGAUCCUGGCAGCCCUGAGUCUGGCAGCGAGUGAAUUGCAGCCCCCAGGGUACCGGGACCGCACCAUGCCGCAGGGGCAGUGGGUCCUGGUGCGGCCACCCAGCCGCCCGCGGAGGCACGCCACCAGACGUCUGUGCCCGGCCGGGACGAACUGGAUCGAGGGGGCUCACCGGUGCUGUGCCCUGUGUCCCGCAGGUGAGGGCCACCUGGCCGGCACGGCAUGGCACAGCAUGCCGGGGCACGCCGGGCACGUCGGCCCAGAUGGCCGUGCUCCCUGUCACCCCGCUGUCCCCACAGGGACAUUCCUGCACAGCCCCUGCUCGAGCCACUUCAACGACAGCGUCUGUGCCGCCUGUCCCGCCGGCACCUUCAGCGCCCAGCCCAACACCUUCCUCGAGUGCCAGGCUUGCUAUGAGUGCGACCGCCAAGCUUUCCAGAGCGUGUUGAGCAACUGCUCGGCCACCAGCAACGUCGCCUGCGGCUGCGAGCCCGGCCGCUUCCGCGACUGCCUUGACAAGCGCUGCAGCGAGUUCUCCUGCCGGCAGUGCCAGCCCUGCACCGGGCGGCUCAUCCAGCGGCCCUGCUCGGAGGCGCAGGACAUGCUCUGCGGCAGCUGCAAGCCUGACUUCUACGCUGAGGGCGGCGAGUGUCGGCCAUGCAGCGCGAGUGCCCCGGAGAUGUGCGGCAAGGAGUGCCAGCGGGUGUGCGGCGGCAGCGGCGGCCGAGGCUCGGGGCUGGAGUACAUCCUGCUGGCGCUCACCGGGCCCCUCUUCCUGGGCGCCCUCGCCAUCUACCACAAGAGGAAGCAGCUCCGGCACGAUGGCCUGGCAGACAGCCCCCUCCCCACGCCGCAGGCGGCCACUCCCGCGGCCGGGGCUGUGGCCGCGCCGUGGUACCAGGUCAGUGCCCGGGGGUGGGACAGCCUGCACCGGACCCGGCCGUGCUCCCCCCAGGUGACGGUGCUUGCCAGCGGCGCGGCGAAGCAGAGCCCCGAGCACCGGGCCUUACUGCGGGAGCAGCCCGGCGGUGCGGCACAGCCGGGCGGCGAGGUGGAGCCGCCCGCCGCCCCAGAGCCCCGCGGCGCCCUGCUGCAAGGCAGCCAGCUCUAUGCUGUCAUCAACGCGGUGCCGGUGAGGCGCUGGAAGGAGUUCAUGCGGGUGCUGGAGCUGCGGGAGGCAGAGAUCGAGCUGGUGGAGCUGGAGGUGGCCCACAUCCGCGACCAGCAGUAUGAGAUGCUGAAGCGCUGGUGCCAGCAGACCAGUGCCACGCUCGACCGUGUCUUCGCCGCCCUGGAGCGCAUGGAGCUGGCCGGCUGCGCCGAGGCGCUGCGCCGGAGCCUGCUGGCAGGCCCCUGACCUGCCCGGCG